AUGAGUGACUUAGCAGGUAUUAACAUUCUGAUAACUGGGUCCACUACUGGGUUAGGACUUCAUACAGCCAAAUCGCUUUUCAAAAAAGGGGCAGAUGUUAUUGUCACAUGCCGAGAUGAGGUUCGUGGUCGUAAAGCGGUUGAAGAAAUAGUUGCAUCGAUUCCGGCCGAGAAUGCCGCCAAAGAGCAAGCCAGAGUUCAUCUUUACACGCUCGAUAUCACCAAUUACAACUCAAUUCUCUCAUUCUGCGAGGAUAUUUAUCGAGAUUUCGAGAAAAUCCAUGUGAUUAUCAAUAAUGCCGGAAUCAUGGGAUAUCCGUUUGAGUUAUCGGUAGAUGGUGUUGAAAUGCAUUUUGCGACAAAUAUGUUUGGACAUUAUGUGAUUGUCAAUCGUCUUCUUCCGCUCCUUUGCAAUGCGACGACUCAAAGAUUCCGUAGUCGAAUUAUUGUGGUCUCGAGUGGACUUUACAAAAAUGCGCAUUCCAUUCCGCAAGUUGGUAAAUUGCUAGGUGAGAAAGAUUGGGAUUUCAAUGCUCGACAGGCGUAUGCGUUCAGCAAAUUGGCCAAUUGUCUGUAUACUGUUGCACUUUCCAAAAUGAUUGAGAAGUACAAUAUUGGAGUAUACUGUGUUCGCCCAGGAUUUGUUAAAGGAACGGAAUUGGGACGCGAAACACAUUGGUUUCUUCGAGCUCUAGCUGCUCCGAUUAUUUGGCUCGUCGCCAAGAACUUGGACCAGGGAAUCGAGACAAUUGUGUAUUUGGCGGAGACGAAUUCUGAGGAAUUGAAGACUGGCAAAAUGUAUUAUGACAAGAAGGAAGAAGAUUACAAUGAUAUGGUUAAUACUCUUACUAUCCGCCAAGUUUGGGCAAUUUUGCGCCAUAUUGAAGACCUAAUUUGGAAGAGAAACAAUCGAUUAACGCAAGCUCAAAAGGAUGAAGGAUAUGUGCUCCGCGAUAUGCUCAAUGAGUCGCUAAUCGUUUACGAUACACAAAAGCUGCUUGGAUUGUGCAACAAUUUUGCCUAUGUCGUGAUGCUGAGUGCUGCGAAAGACAUCAUGGAAAAGGGUCAGUCACACGAUUCAAAACCAUGCAGAACAUCCAUCGACAGUCGGCAAUGCGAGCUGAUGUCUACAGGUUCCGUUCUAUUGGCUGACAUACUUCCAGCGCUUGUCAUCAAACUUUCAGCUCCACUUUUUAUUCACCGAAUCCCUUUUGGAAUGCGGCAUCUGAUUGUAGUAUUACUACAAGCAGCUAGUUUUAUCAUAGUCGCUAAAUCAUCUAGCACAUAUUUUGCUUUAUUUGGUGUGGUUUUGGCAAGUUUGGGAAGCGGUCUUGGAGAGAUCACAUAUUUAGCUUUAACGUCAAACUAUCCAUCAAAAGUGGUUUCGUACUGGUCUUCGGGAACUGGUGGUGCUGGAAUUAUUGGCGCUUUGGUGUACGCAUUCUUCACUGAACCUCGAUUCCUGGGAUUCUCGCCACGAACCACCAUGAUGCUUAUGCUCACACUUCCUGUUCUAUUCUCUGUAACAUAUUGGAAGAUCCUGACAAUUCCCAGGACUGUUCACCGAGUUCAACUGCUCCAUCUAUCAACGUAUUUAGUUCCGAGGCCAACACGAAGGCAAAGUGAAGAGACGGAUCAACUGAUCGAGAAUCAAGGAGUCGAAUACGAUCGAAUUACUCCUGUUGGAACCCCAAGGAUCACUAGAGUUGCUACACUUCUACCCUAUAUGAUCCCAUUAAUUCUAGUCUAUUAUGCGGAGUAUUAUAUAAAUCAGGGAUUGCUUGAACUUUUGGAAUUCGAUUGCUCUCAUGGAUUCGGUAUCAGCCCUGACAGUCAAUAUCGGUGGUUUCAGGUCACAUAUCAAUUGGGCGUCUUCGUGUCGAGAUCCUCGUCGGGUGUGUUCGCUAUUCCGCCCAAAUACUUACCAUUAUUGGCUUUAUUACAAAUCACAAAUUCGGCAUUAUUCACCGCCGCUGCAAUUUUCUACUUUUUGCCUCAUAUUUUUAUUGCGUUUUCGGUGAUAUUCGUCGAAGGACUUCUCGGCGGAGCUUCUUACGUGAACACAUUUCGUGCUGUACAUAAACAGGUUGCGGAAGACGAACGCGAGUUCAGUAUGGGAGUGGUGUCGAUAUCGGACACGAUUGGAAUUGUCGCCGCUGGAUUCACCGCAAUCCCUGUACAUAAUGUGAUUUGCUCAAUGAAACUGUAA